AUGGCCACUGGGAUAUUUCGAUUGGCGCUGAUAAUAAUCGCUGUUCUGCAAGUGGUGAACGCAGAUGAUGGUAAAAGACUUUGCACUAUCAGUGAAACGUAUAUCUGCGAAUGUGAACCCGCUGCAGGUAAUGGAAAUAUGACAUGGAUCGUAAACUGUGCCGAUCAGAAGAUCGAAGGAGCGGUCAAACCGAUUAAUCCGUACCCGUUCGAUGUGUCAAUCUUGAAGCUGGACAAUAACAAUCUGAAAACAGUUCCAGCUAAUACAUUCGAUGGUUUGCCGAUGCUAUGGUCAUUGAGACUCAAUGAAAAUCAAAUUGAAACGAUAGCGGAUGAUGCAUUCGUCGGGCUUGAAGAUCUUUUGCGCUACCUCAAUAUCGGGCACAACAAACUUACAGAAUUCCCCCGGGCGAUUUCUAAACUGUACGGCCUGACGCAUCUUCAUCUUCGUGAUAAUAAGAUAACAUUCAUACCCGAUGGUGCUCUGGACAAACUAAUUCACCUAGAAAAAGUUUAUUUCAGCGAUAAUCUGCUCACAUCAUUGAUUAUCCCUAGCACUCUGACAGAGUUAAAUUUUUUCGACGCAACCGAUAACUUGAUUGAAGAUGUUACCAUUGACUCUGGUCUACAAAAACUAACCAACGUUCAAAUGGCGCAUAAUAAACUAACCGUGAAAAUCUUUUUCACCAGAACCUUCACAAAUAUUCUGAAAAAUAUGGAGACCUUGAAUCUGAACUAUAACAAUUGGUACUGCGUGUGUAACUCGUUUCUAGAUUGGCUUAUGAUGAGGGGAUUUCACGAGGCGUGCUUGCUUCCGACUAUUGUCCGGGGACAGUCUGUUGCGCAGUAUCACUCGGAAAACUGCCCUCCUUUACCGACCACUACAAGAGAUCCCUAUGAUGACAUCAAAUUCGAUACAACGCCCUAUAAUUGGCAACCGGACUCUUCAAGAACAAAACAACCUAUCUAUCGUACAACAAACGAUCAUUUUAAACCCGAACCGAGCAAAUCAAGUCGCACCACAGUCUGGAAUUGGGAACAUAAGCCAACAGAAAAAGAUCAGCCGAAUCAUCGCACUACGACAGUCGAUCGUUGGGAACCCAUCCCAACAAAGACGGAACAAGCAGAUCAUAGCGAAAAGCCGUCUUCUCACCCUAAACUCGAAUUAGAUGCCUACAAUGAUGACGGGAAACUGUUACUCACGUGGACAGUGGUGCCCGUGACACCACACACGAAACUGUUCGUCCUACAGAUCCAAAACCACACAAAUGUCGUAAAAACAGAAAUUUUAGAACAAUACUCCGUAGAAUACGUUAUAUCUGACUUGGAUUUAAAUAUGAAUGGUGAUUAUGAAGUUUGCGUUCUGCUCAUGGACCAGUCUCUGCCACUUUUAGGGUGCAAGAAGGUCAAGGUCCCAGAUCUACCGGAUUACAGCGCCCUUCAUAAUGGCGAGUCGGGCUCUGUGAAUAGCACUGUUGUUGUAUUGGUAAUUGUGGUGGCUGCUCUUAUGCUGCUCAUGGUAUUGGGCGCCGUGUUCAUUAUGUGGAAGGGCCAUCGGAACAAGCUCGACGUUGACCGCCAAAAAGUACUUGGUGAGGACGCCGUCUACCAGGCAGAUGGUGCUGAGGCGGAUACGGAGACCAAUCCGAUAUAUGAGACUAGUGACGGCAUGUAUGGGUCUGCUGACCCCAAGUAACUUAUGGAUGAUUAGAUAGCCUUGUGCAAAAUCAAUUUAGUGAAACAUUUUGGCACUGAAUGCUUUCCGUGUCACCCUAGUCAAUAGUUACAGGAACGUGUACUUAAGGAACAAGGACAAGACAAAACGUUAAAUGUUUUACCUUAAAGUUGAUAUAAAUCAGACAAAUUAACCUGAUUUUAUAUUUUACUUUGAUUUUACAUUCGCU